AUGCCUCCAAAACUCAGCGCCAAGUAUUUUUAUGACUGUUCGCCUUGGAUAUCGGACCGUGAAGACUGUGACAAAAGCUGGGGCCAAGUUUUUCUUCAAAAGAACCGUAGACAGCAUGACCGCCCAUUCCGGCAAUGCCUACAACAAGAAGACGUGAAACGAGAUCCCAUCGAUAGCUUUUUACAAUACACCGACAACUCUAUACCAUCAAGAGGAGUUCAACAAGCAAAGAAAGUACUUAACAAGAUUGCAAACAAUAAAACCAAGUUGCUGAACCCUCGGCGAGCUUGGGUGGACUCCCGUACGAGAGCUUUAGGCCAACAAAGCUCUCCUCGAUGGGUAAAAUCAGAUGAACUGGGAAAAUUCAUCCAGGAACGCUCUACCAAUGCCCUCUCCGAUACGGACGCGGUUCGUCGUUUGAUAUUUAUCCAGGAACUGGAUUAUGACUUUGUUCGUGCGAUUGCACAGACCUCAUCUUGGAAUGAAGUUUCGGCCUUGAGACUUGCAACACGCAACCACCUUGCGCGCGAGACUUGUAUUCAAGUACGCAUACCAUACAUUGGUUUCGCUACCUUUCAUCUCGAGUUCAGUCUACCGUAUCUAGUUUUGGAGGAACAAGACUCUUCGAACGCUUCGCAAAUUGAUAAUGGUAGCGCAACUGAACUCCUGAAGACAAAUCUCUCCUUUCUGAGUACUGGGUCGCGAGAAGAUCACUCCGCCACUCAAUUCUCUAUUCGGAAAGUCCAUGAAACUGUCCUCAUUUUUGGUUGCGAUAGCUCGGAAUGGACUGGCUAUGCUUUCUCAUCCUUGGAGUGGUCGACUGAUAACAUAAAUGAAGACGAAGAUGACAAUGACGAGAUGCCAAACGAAGAUAUUUUCGCUACGGGUUGCACGGAUUACGAUGAUCACCAUGUGCUAGAUGCUAGUGCGCCGAUAUGGGACCCCAGGGUAUACUUUCUGAGCGUCUUCGCUAUCCGGGUGCAGAUAAUAUACGAACGAUACGAGUUUCUCAUAAGCACUCUUAGGUUAGAGGUCCAAGACUGGAUUUCACAUUCGAUAUAUGCAGUGCCGAGCUCAUCGAGCUCAUCGAGCCCUGAGGAAGAAAUUAAAAUUCUUAAAGACAAUAUCAAACAGAUCAGGCAAGUGUUACAUGAGUUGAUCACAUGUUUGGAGCGUACGGUAGCUGUGUGGGAAAGAUUUCACAGUGUUGAUGGAGAUUUCCAAUAUUUCUCGGACAUCAAGGACCGGAAGGCAAGGCUAGCCAUCAAGAAUACUAAAGCGAACUUUGAGAAACUAAAAUUCGAGCUGCAUCAGUUCGAAUCUUUGGAGAGGACUCUGAACGACGCUACCAUAACUCUUACGCUGGAACUGACGGACCAGCGGAACAUAAAUGCCAAGGAAACCUUGAUGCAUAUUAUGGACCUCAGCAAGCAUAACAAACUCAGCCAGAAGUUUGUUGAAGAGAACAACAAACUCAACCAGGAAUUUGUUGAAGAGAAUAUCAAAAUCGCAAAGGCGAAUAGCAAGAUUGCAAGGACGAAUAUCAGACUCUCAAGGGCUAAUGUAGCGCUGCUUAUAGUGACGACCUCAAUUGCCGUCGCUCUGCAAUACUUCUGUAGCGAGCGCAACUUUCUCUCCAUUGAUCGUAGCCCAAAGGCAUUCGUAUUGUCUAUUCCUAUACUGCUGAUCCUCUUGUCAUUAGUGGCGCCUUGCGUUCAAAUAUUUCAGUUGGCACUGAGCAUGUUCCCUGCAUUGCUCACAAAGAUUCCAAUCUUUGAAAGAAUCAAAGAAAGUUCAGUAUUCAAAAAAAUCGACAAAUGGAUGGGUCGCCUAUACCUCGAAGUUGAUGAAGUUGAAAACAAUGUCUGGCUACAAAACUGA